UUCUGCAAUCUGUCCCUUCUACAUCUCCUUUGAGUACCUUCUCCACCUCUUCAACCCUCCAUCAUGAGAGUCGGAUGCAAUGCUGCUCUCCUUCUGGGCUACUUAAUUUGGGCCAUCGAUGCUCAGGCUCAGAGCAGCCAAAGCAACAGUAACCAAGGCAACACUAACCAGGGGAACAGCGCCAACCACAACGAUAGCAUCCACAACAGCCGACAGCAGAACCAACCUCAGCCAAAAGGAAGCACCUGGGAUGAGCCCAUUCGUUUCAACACCAAAGCAAAGGAUGCUUGCAGCAUGGUAAUCUCUGGCCCAAGCAACUUCACCAAGCUGCGUGUCUCCUGCAAGAGCAAGGGCAAAUCUUACUGGUGCGAUUUCCUGGGCAAACCAAACUUGUGUAGAGCGUACAAUAACAACCCACGCCACUACUUCACUCAGAUAAUGUGGGACAUGAGAAAGCUCCACAAUGCCUGCCAGGGAUCACGGGUUUAUAAGCCACAGAUGUGCCGCUCUGCAUCAGAUGAGGUACAAAUGGCUUUCCACACCUCUUGGCCCAAAAUCUCCAUCCCAAAACCUACCCAGGCUACUCAAGACCACAACCAGAGCCAGCAGAAGCAACAGCAGCAGCAGCAGCAGACAACCAAGUCCAUUACCACCCCCAAACCUCCCACCCAAAAGCAGCAGCCUAAACCCCAACAACCAGCCAAACCAGUCAAGCCCGCAGUUUCCAAGCCUGUGCAUCCACGUAAGCCCGCCAAGACCAUCACAGCAAGACCUACAGUCGCAGAGGAGAGCCAUGCCACCAAGCUGGCACAGGAAUACUGCUGGAAGAGUCUCCAGGACAUCUGCUCCUACUUCAUUGGCUGGAUCAACAAUUAAUUACCACCUCUGGUUCACAGUAUUAAAGAUUUCAGAGUCUCUGACUACCAGCUAAGAAGUUCGAAAGACCGGGGCUGUUUGUGUGUUCAUGUGGUUAUGACUUGUAUGCUGGGGUGUAUGUUUCUGUGUGUAUCUAUGUAUGUGUCAACAGAAAAUUAUCAUAAUAUAAUUAGCAAAGAUUCUUACAAACAAACAAACAUACAAAAAAAAAAAAUUUACAUUAUAAAUCAUACAUUUUUCCUAGAUGACAAAAAUAGAUUUAUAUCCACGAUAAAGAUUUUUGCUAAAGAAAAAUUGAUCUCAAAAUGAUAAGGCAGUAUCAUCCCCCAAUGAAACAAGCAAAAAUAUUUUUUGUUACAGAUGAAGUGUAGUGAGAGCGCAUCAACACCACAGGGGGGCAGUGUUACAUGACUUCUGGGAAAACUCGAAUGGCUGUAAAUGAUUUCAAAAUCCAAGAGAUUUAAUGGUUAUACAGACAUACUGUGGAACUUCUAAAUGUCAUAUCACUGUGUUUAUAUAUAUGGACAGAUUUCUUCUAUAUUCUGCAAGCAAACUUUUAGCAAAAAUAAAUAAGAACAUUUAUUCUGUUACGAGUGCUAUUCACUCAUUGAUCUAUGUUAAAUCUCUAACAUUGUGUGUGUGAUCAGAGUGCCCUGUAAAGAAAAUUUCAUUUAAUUUACUGAUAACUAACUCUAUAAAAAUAUUAUUUAGUUGUACAAUUGAAAAUGUAUCUUAAUCUAUUGAUCCCAUGGUAAAUAAGUAAUGUACAAGGAAACUUGACUUUCUUGUGUGUAACUGAAACUGUGAAUGGUUGACUCAUUGUUCAUGAAUCAAGCAAAGCUCCAGUUAUCCCACGCAAAAACAUGUGAUUGACUGUGCAACACCUGUACUGUUAAAUGAAUGAAAAUACAACAUAUUUAAUGUUCCUUUUGUUAAGGAUUUAUGAAGUGGUUCAUCAAUGACUAAAAAGUUAUUUAUCAAUACAUUAUAAAUGAUAUGCAGUUAUAACAACAUGAAUUAAAAGGGCAAAUUUCAUGCAAUACUUACCAGAUAGUGAGCAUUUUAAUUUGCAUGUUAUACAUGCUUAAUAAAUACACUAAUUCGUACUUGUAUUAAUCAAAUACACAAAAUUACCUUAUUCAUGAUUUAUGUCACAAUGCAGCACAAAAUAAACUAUUAUAGUUAGACUUUAAAGGAGGGAUUAUGUCAUUUUGCUACAAUCCUCUUUGUGUCAUUUUUCUUGUCAUGUUGAUGUAAAAAAAAAAAAAAAAGUCUAAAUUUGCCUAGUCCUAGUUACCUAAAGCCCUCUGCAAAAACAUUUUUGACAUCUUCAUGCUCAUUCACAGCAUAUUUUUAAAAUAAAGACCAUUAAACCACACGGAACUUUAUGUACAUACAGAAUGUUUCUAAUGUUUGCAACUCCUUAAUACAUGCUUCAUACACUCACCAGCCACUUAAUCACUUUAUCUGAGUUACCGUAGCCUUUCUGUCAGCUCGAACCAGUCUGGCCAUUCUCCGUUGACCUCUCUCAUCAACAAGACAUUUUCGUCCACAGAACUACCACUCGCUCAUUGUUUUUUGUUGUUCGCACCAUUCUCUAUACACUCUAGAGACUGUUGCACGUGCAAAUCCCAGGAGAUCAGCAGUUACAGAAAUUCUCAAACCAGCCCGUCUGGCACCAACAAUCAUGCCAUGGUCUUAAUCACUGAGAUCACAUUUUUUCCCCAUUCUAAUGGUUGAUAUGAACAUUAACUGAAGCUCCUGACCCAUAUCUGCAUGAUGUUAUACAUUACACUGCUGCCACAUGAUUGGCUGAUCAGAUAAUCGCAUGAAUAAGUAGAUGUGCAUGUGUACCUAAUAAAGUGGCCAGUGAGUGAAUGUGGCAGCUUUACUUUAGGUCAGUUUUAAUAGGUUACUUAUGUUGAAUAAGUGUUAUUAAGCUUUUAUAACAUGUGAGAUAAAAUGGCUGAAUAUUUGGAAGGUAUGAAAAUCACCUUUUUGAUGCAUGUUGUUAUAACUGCAUAUCAUUGAUGAUGUAUCAUGCAUUUGUAAAUGAAUUAUUAGUCAUUUAUAAACCCCUUUAUAUAACCUUAACAAAGGGAACAUUAAUGUAAAGGGUUACCAUCUUUUCUUUAUAAGCUCCUUUAUUUUUACUCUCUCAGUCCUUUUUUCUCUUUUCAUGAGUGCAUGUGCUUAUAUGUACCACAUUUCUAACCCCCUGCCCUCCUAAGAGGCCUCCAUUCAUUAAAAUACACUGAACAUUCCAACAGUACAGAUACACAACACCAGAGAGAGAUUGUCUUUGCACUAUUGUUGUUUUCCUUUAGAUUAUCAUUUUACACUAUUGUAAUUGUACACGAAUAAGCUGCAAAAGCUGUCACAAUCCAAAUG